GUCUGGUAGUAUGAAUAACAACAUAGCUUGUUUUACAUGCACACUAUGCUUCAAUUAACACAGGGGUAUAUUUUAAGAAAUCCAAGUACAGCGAAACGCAGAUUGCUAAUUUUUGUCUUUCGACGACGACAAGUUAGAGCAGACCUGGGCAUUUUACGGCCCUUUGGACGUCCCUGUCCGGCCUGCGUUAAGUCAGUCAUAAACAUAAAUGAACAAGUACUUAUGCUGUGCCUGCAAUACAACUGUGUUGCUUUUAUUUUGAAAAGCCUGGAGUUUUAUUAUUUACCUAUGGACGUGCGUGCGUGUCUGAACAGUAAUAGGUGAUGCUGGCACGUUAAUGCUGGUCAAGCUACCCCUAAAAAUGUCAGCUCCUGUUAAAAAAAGAAAAGUUGAUUACAAAUGCCGCAUUUUCAACAAGACAUGGACUGCAAAAUAUUUAUUUACAGAAAUCGAAGGUAAAGCCGUGUGCUUAGUUUGUGGUACACAGGUCGCUGUGUUCAAAGAUUACAAUCUGAAUCGCCACUACUGUACGUGACCAAACACGAGGAGAAAUACAAGAACUUGUCUGAUGAAGAUCGCGCAAAGGAGUCGGAGGCUAUGCUAGCCACGCUGCAAACCCGACAAGCAAACCCUUUUUACAAAACUUCCCACACCCAGAGAUGCAGCUGUCAAGACAAGUUAUGUCAUAUCUCACAAAAUCGCUAUAAAAAAAGUAAACCGUUUUCUGACGGAGAGUUUAUUAAGGAGUGUAUGGUGGACUCUGCUGCCCUGAUAUGCCCAGAGAAAAAGGGAACAUUUGAGAACGUGCCCCUCUUCCGACACACUGUAAUGAGAAGGGUUGAGGACAUCGUGGGAAAUCUGGAGCUUCAGCUGAGGAACAGAGUGGUCAACUUUUACCAUUUUUCACUGGCUCUGGAUGAGAACUGCGAUUUGAGUGAACACCAGCCUCGCCUGCUCAGAAAACGUGUGCCCCUUCUCAAAGAGCUGAUGUUUCUUGUGCCAGAACAAUCAGCUGCCACACAAACUAAGAGACCGGUUUCAACUGCAGCAGACCGCCGCACCGUAGAAAGCUCUCCAGUGUGCUCUCAAAUUAUUGAGGACUGCGGCAAAGAUGAAAAUCUCUCAUCUUCAGAGACCACUUCAUACAGUGUUCCACAUAGAGCUGAGGCAUCACAUGGAGCUGUUCACCUAUCUGUGUCAUUAAUGAAGUUGUUUUUCUUUGUUUAUUGUCAAGCUUUUAAAAUGUUUUUUUAAUUAUUAUUUUUCUUUCAGACAAAGUCUCGCUAUGGGAACGAUGGCGUCUCUGUCCACUUCUUUCAUCAGCAAGGCCCCGUCAGAUACAUCUACUGUUCCACAAAGGUCUUCAAAGCUCACCAUGCUGAAGGACUAACAAACCCCAGAUUGCUGUUUCAAGACUUUAUGGGAACUUAGUUCUUUCAGAGAAAACUUGCACCCACAAAGCAACAGGUGGAGGAGAAAAGACCUGAAGCUCACCAUCAGCUGAGAAGAUCAUCAGAGUCUCUCUUCCCUCUAUUAUGGACAUUUACUCCACACGCUGCAUCCGCAAAGCAAACAGCAUUGUGGAUGACCCCACGCACACCUCACACACACUCUUCACCCUUCUGUCACCCGGAAAGAGGUACACACAACCAGACUGUUGAACAGCUUCUUCCCCCAGGCAAUCAGGUAUCUCAACAGAGGACUGAACUGAGUUGGACACACACACACACACACACACACACACACACACACAGCAUGCACACAGCUGAGAACUGUUCUCAACAGAGAACUGAACUGUGCUAGACACAGUCUCACACACACACACAACAGAGAGCUGGUCUCAACAGAGAACUGAACUGAGCUGGACAAGUACACACACACACACACAAAUUUGUCUUGUUUACAUGCACACGUCACUUUACAUUGAUCUUGUUUACAUGUACACAUCACUUUAAUAUUUGUAUCUCUUUCCACUCACUGUCAAACACUAUUCUUUUGCACAGAGUCUGUGUUAUGUGUCUUGUUUGUCUGCACUGUCUUUUCAUCCUGUGCACUUAUGUUGUAUGUUUAGUUUCUAAAGAAUGCACCUUGUAGUAUAGUUUAGUUCUAUGUUUGUCCACGUCACCUGUACUUUGUUUUUGUUCUGUGUAGCACCUCUGGUCCAGGAGGAACGUUGUUUCAUUUCACUGUGUACUGCAUCAGCUAUAUAUGGUUGAAGUAACAAUAAAGCCUCUUUGACUUUGACUUUGGACCAUGUCAGAAGCCUGUGUAGGUUUUUUAAGAUGGAACUAAAGCAGGGUCCAAACAGUCCACAUAUACACACAGACUUUUGUAUAUAUUUUCAGAUAGAAUUUGUGUUUGAAUUUGUAUUAAGUUAAUUAGUGUUUAAAGUUUGCAAUAAUAUGUAUAUAUGCACAGUCUCUGGUGUGUGUUUUUUCACUAUUGCUUUUUGUUUU